UUGGUAUUGAAAUCAACAAUUCAUUGAUUUUACGCGUUUCGAAAAAUAAAACUAAUUCUAUUUGGUUAGUUCCCGCUAGAGUUCCUAUAUUUUUUUAUAUAUGAACUCUAUUUCCCACAACAAAAAGCAAAUUAUUAAAACCGUAAUUACGCAAUUUUGGUUAAUUUAUUGACGCGGUUGGUGUGCCUGUUUGUCAUUUUGAAAAAAUGGCGUCGCAACAUGAAAGACAGGAGAACUUGCUCCAAGACUGUGUUAAUUCCCUGAAGACAUGGAAAGAAUUGAUUGAGACACAUUUGGAGGGUGCAGAACAAGCCACAGAACUGUCUGAGUUGGAAACAGUCGUGAAGGAUUAUUGUCUUGUGAGUUUCAAUGCAUCGAAGUCUUCGGAGGCUUGUCGCGAAGUUUUGGAUUAUUUUCACGAGGAGUCGAACAACCACGAUGUUGAUGAGUUGUACAACACGAGACUGGGGAGCAAGACACAGACGUUUGGUGGUAAUUACCAGCAAGAGGGAAUCUGGAAGGAGGUUUACAUGGGGGUCACGGACCGAGAUGUCGAAGAAGUGGAAAGGACGAGUCAGGAGGAUGCGACGGAAUAUGAGGAAAUGGGCGAUUCGAUCUUUUACUCGAAUGUUUUUACGCCACCUGUGGACCCAAUCAGUAAAAUGGUGAUUCAGGAGCCCUACAAAAGUAGAAAGUGUGGGCAUGUUUAUGAUUACAAAUUUAUCCUUCAAUAUAUCAAGGACGUGAAGAAUCGGGCAAAGUGUCCCUACAUCGGGUGCAGCAACGGAAAAAUCACUGUGGAGGAGUUGGUGAAGGACAAUGAGACCAAAUCUAAAAUCGAGAAUUACCAAAGAAACACAAACACUGAAAGUGAUUGAUUUUGUAGUUAUUUUUUUUAAUACAAGUUAAGUUUC